AUGGAUCCAAGCAGAAAGAUACCACCCCCACCUUCUUUCCAAUCUGCACCUGAUUUGAGCAAGUCUAGUUUCAACAUUCCUUCCUUCACUAGCGCACCAGAUGUCUUUAAUAAAGAAAUAAACAGCAGCAAAAGCGCACAUAAAGAACACAAGCGACGCUCAAGGCGCAGUAGGUCUCGUUCACCUUCUCAUCGAAAAAGUAGAUACAGAUCUCGAUCACCUAAAAGAUCCCGUUCUCGUGAAAGAUCGUAUAGAAAAGAGUCACGUCGUUCAAGAAGAUCACCUUCAAAAGAGCGAGAACCAUUACAUUCAGGAGAGUUGAAAACAGGCUUUACCUUCAUUAUUGAUAAAAGAGGGGACCCAGAGUUAUCUUUUUAUGGUGGCACCCAUUCAUAUUCUGUACCAGCAUUUCGACGAUCAGGAUAUGGAAGGGUCUUGGGAUUCAACUGGAAUGAACGGCUAAUUGUUAAUCAAGGAAAACUUGAGCUAGUGGAUAUAUUGUCUUCAAAGCCUGCUAGGUAUACUGAUUCAGAAUACGCUUGGAAAGAAAUCGACAAAUCUUUAAAACGAAUUCGCAUCAAAAAGCAAGAAAACGAUCAGGAUCCAUUUAGCUUGUCCAGUGGAUACGUUCAGCUCAGUGAUGAUCACCAAAAGAAAAAGAAGGCCGACUACGAGUCACUUGUUUCUACAGGUGUUGACUAUAGGUCACUGGAAGGCAAUAAAGUACGAGCAGUAAGAGAGGAGGAUGAAGAAGAAGAAGGAGAGAGCUACAACGACAUCAUACGACGACGCACGGUUGACUACAAUCAAAGACUAGAUAAAGAGCCUGAAAAUGUUGAUUUGUGGCUAGAGUUCAUACGCUUCCAAGACGAGGCGGCAGAAGGACUCGAUGCAUCAGCAACAAAGAGCAACCAGUCAAGCUUGAACGAGGUGAAGUUGAGCAUAUUUGAAAAAGCAUUGAUGCACAAUCCAAAAGAUGAGCGAUUGAUUCUCGCCUACUUGGCUUGCGGUGCAACCAUUUGGGAUACACUGACACUGCUAAGAGAAUGGGAUAAACAACUGAAGCUAUAUCCUGAUUCUAUUAAGCUUUGGUCUGAAUAUAUAAAUACAAGGCAAACGAGUUUUUCCAGCUUUUCAUUUACAGAAUGCAUCAAGGUAUUUGAGGAUGCUUUAUCUAUACUGAAGAGACAAUUAGACAGGACAAGACACCGUGAAGAACGAGAAGAUAUUGAAUGCCUUAUAGUUUACAUCAUACUGAGAACAUGCCUGCUUAUGAAGCAAUCAGGAUAUAUUGAGCGAGCCUAUUCGGUUUUUCAAGCCAUCGUCGAAUAUAAUUUAUUUGCUCCUACUGGAAUACAGGACAAGCUUGGUGCGUUUAUGGAAUUUUGGGAUAAUGAAGCACCACGUUUUGGAGAAAAAGAAGCUCAAGGCUGGAACACCUACUAUAGUACAAAGGCAGAUUACGAGCACAGGCCUGAAGAGGAGGAGAAUGUGGAACUCAUCACCUUGCAGGAUUGGGCAAGGCAUGAGAUUGAGGCGGACCAAAAGCAUCGACUGCCAGUGCGUAUGACUCAAAUAGACGAUGAAAAUGUAGAUGAAGACCCCUAUCGAGUUACUCUUUUUGAUGACAUACAGCCCUUCUUGUUUGACUUUACGACAUUUGCAGCACGUCAGACAUUGAUUUACAGUAUCUUUGUCUUUUUGGGAUUGAAUUAUACUCCUCCGAAUAUAGGAACGAAUACACACUUCUUCACAGAUACCUUUACACAUAAUGAUCUGCCAUUAGACAAGUUCUGGCCUGAUAAUAGCAACAAGCAGUCAUGUUUGGUUUGGUAUGUUUCUGGUGUACCUAUGGAGCCAGAACAGGCGGUGACAGAAAACGAUCCAUUCUCUAUCCCUCCUUCGUAUCCAGUUGGACUGUCUGAGCUUUUUGCUCAACCACAACACUGGUUUUGUUCCUCAAAGACAGAAUACAACAAAGUAGACCGCGAAUUCACAAAAUAUGCCUUUGAACAGCUAUUAAAGUCGGAAAGGUCCAUGCAUCUCACACUUUGCUAUUUAUCCUUUGAGUCCAAUUAUGAGUAUAAAGCUGGCCGAAAGCUAGCAAAGAGUCUUUUAAAAGAUAAUCGAACAAAUUUAGUUUUAUGGACUGCAUAUGCACAGAUGGAAAAGAGUCAUAACAAGAUUGAUGAGGCACGAAAAGUAUACAUGACAGCACUAUCAACAUAUCGUAGCUUUAGUGAAUCGGAACAGCUCGCAGCGCCUUUAAUGUAUCAAAUGUUUGCAAAAUUAGAAAUGGAAAACGGACGACCUGCUGAAGCACUCAAGAUUUUAGUGUCAAUGUCGGGCGAUAAACCUUAUGAUGUGAAUAUGCCUUUACCCACAGCAACUUUAAUUUUGCGAGCAAGAGAAGUAUGGGAAUGCAUGUAUUUCGCUCAAAAGACUCUACAGCUGUCCGUUCUGUCAGGGGUAGAGAGUGAGAUGCAAGCAGGGAUUAACACGGUUGUUUGUUCAGCGCUAUUUGAAUAUCUAAGUAGUGGUCUUGAAAAUGCAUGCAAAGUGUUUGAUCGUACAUUGGAUUAUAUUAAAGAAAGAAAAGCAGAGCGAGGCUAUGUGUCAGAGCUGGUAAUGACAGAGUAUGCCAACCUACUUUAUCAGCACACAAAAUACCAUCAAUUAGAAGGAGGAUUUCAACCACGGAUGAUGAGAGACAGGAUGGAACAGGCUAUUCAGCUAUUUCCAAAUAAUACCAUGUUUUUCUCUUUUUACAUUUGGAACGAGUCAAGAGCUAAAGUGUUUAACCGUGUUCAGACACUAUUCAAUACUGCACUUUCAAAAGAGUCAAAUGUGGUUCUUUGGUUAUCUGCUAUUUAUAACGAGUUACACAGAUAUAAACCAUAUCAAGCAAACUUGGUUAGAGACUUGUUUGAGAGAUCCAUUCAAGAUAUCAAUACCAAGAGCUCGAUUAUCUUGUGGAAAUGCUAUAUUAAUUUUGAGCUUUUGCAAAGAAAUAUUGAACGAGCCAAAGGAUUAUUUUAUAGGUCUUUAAGAGAAUGUCCGUGGUCAAAGGAGUUGUAUAUUAUUGGCAUAGAGCAAUUUGAAAAGAUAAUGGAUGACAAGGAAUUGAAUGAAUUGGCGAGUUUGAUGCUUGAAAAAGAGAUCAGACUUCGCACUCCAAUUACAGAUUUAAUAUAA